AUGGGUAUCCAAGUUGACCUCCGAUGUUUGGUGGCUUUGCUCCGUGAGAAAUGUGAAGAUGCCCUUAAGUGGAAAGAGGGUAUCAUCUUAAAGCAAAAGGAGGAUAUUGCCUUAGUCGAGAGAUGCUUCUCAGCUCAAGAAGUCAUCCGCAAGAAAUAUCAUGCAUAUUUUGAAGAUGCUUGUGCUUCGUUGGCUAAGGUUACUGCACAACAUAACGUUUUGUCUUCUGAGAUGACACUAGUGGACAUGGCACUGGAGAAUCGAGGAUUGGUCCAAUCUCUGUUUCUUUCCUCGACCGUCUGUUGUUUUGGUUUUGAGGUAAAGUCCCUUGCAAUGGCACUGGUUGACAUGGUGUUGGGGGUAGAUUGGAUGAGGAGUGUCAGCCCAGUUAAGUUUGAUUUUAAGAAGCUGAAUAAAUCAUUUAUGAGAGAGGGAAACACUAUUGAAUUAAAAGGAGGUAGUAAAGAAGGAGCUAAGGUCUUUACCAAGAUAGACUUGAGGGAUGGAUAUCAUCAGAUUAGAGUCUGCCCAGCAGAUACACAGAAGACAGCAUUUAAAACACAUCAAGGGAACUAUGAGUUCUUAUUCAUGCCAUUUGGAUUAACCAAUGCUCCAGCCAGCUUUCAAGCUCUCAUAAAUGAUGUCUUCAGACCCUACUUAAGGAAGUUUAUUCUAGUUUUCUUUGAUGACAUUCUGGUGUACAGUCCAGACAUGGAGACUCAUAUGCAGCACCUACAGCUCACACUAGCAACUCUCAAGGAACAUUCUCUCUUUGCAAAACUUAGCAAGUGUUCCUUUGGCCAAGACCAGCUGGAGUACUUAAGACACAUCAUAUCAGGAGAGGGUGUAGCUGCAGAUCCAACAAAAAUUGACAACAUGGCAAUGUGGCCUACUCCAUCAACUAUAAAAGAUCUUAAGGGACUUUCUGGGAUUGACUGGAUAUUACAGGAGAAGAAUAACUUCCACUGGAGUGAAUCAACCCAAGCAGCCUUUGAGAGGCUUAAGAAAGCAGUCACAACCACUCCAGUUUUGGCGUUGCCUGACUUCAAGAAGCCAUUUGAGCUCUCUACUGAUGCCUGUGAUACUGGUGUAGGGGCAGUCUUGAUGCAAGGAGAGUAUCAGGUACUUCAUGGAGCAAAGGGUCACUCAUUAUUGCAGCAAAAAUGGUUAACCAAGUUAUUGGGUUAUGACUAUGAGUUGAAGUAUAAAAAGGGUUCUGAAAACUUGGAAGUACAGGAAAGUUACAAAGAUGACCAAGUUGCUGAGAAUUUAAUUCUACAGCUUACCCUACAAGAGCCCAAGGGGAGUGACUUUACUUAUCAGCAAGGGAUAUUGAGGUAUAAGGGCAGAAUCUAUAUUGGCCAAGGAGGAAGCUUAAGGCAGAAGAUUAUUUACUCAAGCCAUUCCUCAUCUGUAGGAGGACAUUCAUGGAUUCAGGCUACCUACCAAAGAUCCAAACUCUACUUCUUUUGGAAUGGUAUGAAAUCUGACAUCAAGGAGGCUCUCUUUACAAGAUUGGGAACAACACUGCACUUGAGUACUGCCUAUCAUCCCCAGACUGAUGGGCAGACUGAAAAGGUAAAUGCAUGCUUGGAGUCAUAUUUAAGGUGCAUGACCAGUUUCAAACCAAGCAAAUGGGUAUCAUGGUUAGCAAUGGCUCAGUGGUGGUACAACUCCAGCUACCAUACCAGCCUGAAACUCUCCCCUUUUGAAGCCCUGUUUGGAUAUGCACCUCCUCAGUUUGGGAUCUCCACCUCAAAACAAGGAGUUAAUGCUGAAGUGGACAACUACCUUGAACAGAGGCAGAUAAUGAAGUCUUUACUGAACGAAGCUUUAGAGAUGGCUCAGCAAAGGAUCAAGAAUCAAGCUGACAAAAAAAGGUCAGAGAGAUCCUUUGAGGUGGGAGACUGGGUGUACUUGCGCUUACAGCCUUACAGACAAUCCUCAAUUCAGGUAAGGAGAAAUUUAAAACUUUCUACUAAAUUUUUUGGUCCUUCCCAAGUAGAAGACAGAGUAGGGAAGGUGGCAUACAGGCUGAAGUUACCAGAAGGAUCAAAGAUACAUCCGACCUUCCAUGUAUCUCAGCUCAAGCCUAAGCUAUGA